AUGGGUGAAAUGGAACAGAUGAGGCAGGAGGCCGAGCAGCUGAAGAAGCAGAUUGCGGAUGCACGGAAAGCCUGUGCUGACACUACACUUGCUCAGAUUGUGUCCGGGGUGGAGGUAGUUGGACGCAUUCAGAUGCGUACGCGGAGGACCCUGCGUGGGCACCUGGCCAAGAUCUAUGCAAUGCACUGGUGCACGGACUCCAAACUCCUGGUCAGUGCCUCCCAAGAUGGGAAACUGAUUGUGUGGGACACUUACACAACCAAUAAGGUUCAUGCCAUCCCUCUCCGCUCGUCCUGGGUCAUGACCUGUGCCUAUGCACCCUCAGGGAAUUUUGUGGCCUGUGGGGGUCUCGACAACAUGUGCUCUAUCUACAAUCUCAAGACUCGUGAAGGCAACGUCAAAGUGAGCAGGGAGCUCUCGGCCCACACAGGUUACCUCUCCUGCUGCCGAUUCCUGGAUGACAAUAAUAUCGUGACGAGCUCCGGAGACACCACGUGCGCACUCUGGGAUAUUGAAACAGGACAGCAGAAGACUGUGUUUAUGGGUCACACUGGAGACUGCAUGAGCCUGGCCGUCUCCCCAGACUUCAAACUCUUUAUCUCUGGGGCCUGCGAUGCCACUGCCAAGCUGUGGGAUGUACGGGAGGGAACCUGCCGUCAGACAUUCACAGGGCAUGAGUCGGACAUCAAUGCCAUCUGUUUCUUCCCCAACGGUGAGGCCAUCUGCACCGGUUCAGAUGAUGCCACCUGCCGCCUCUUUGACCUGCGGGCGGACCAGGAGCUCAUCGUCUAUUCUCACGAGAGCAUCAUCUGUGGAAUCACCUCAGUCGCCUUCUCCCGCAGCGGGCGUCUCAUGCUGGCUGGAUAUGAUGACUUCAACUGCAACAUCUGGGACUCGCUGAAGGGGGAGCGUGUGGGGAUCCUCUCCGGUCAUGACAACAGGGUGAGCUGUCUGGGGGUGACAGCAGAUGGCAUGGCCGUGGCUACUGGCUCCUGGGACAGCUUCCUCAAGAUUUGGAACUGA